ACUAAGCUGUACGGUAUAGAAGUAACAAGCUAGGCAAAGGUUUUGAUUUUGGACUAGAAAACAAACACGAGUAAUGCCUGUGGAUUUCAAUGGUUAUUGGAAAAUGCUCAGCAAUGACAAUUUUGAGGAGUACUUGAAAGCACUUGAUGUAAAUAUUGCCAUAAGAAAAAUAGCCAAUAUGCUUAAACCUGACAAAGAGAUCAUUCAGGAUGGAGACCACAUGAUCAUUAAAACGCUAAGUACUUUUAAAAACUACAUCAUGGACUUCCAUAUAGGGAAAGAAUUUGAGGAGGAUUUAACAGGGGUGGAUGAUCGCAAAUGCAUGACUUGUGUGACUUGGGAUGGAGAUAAACUUCUUUGUGUACAGAAAGGAGAAAAGGAGGGCCGUGGCUGGACCCAGUGGAUUGAAGGAGAUGAAAUGCACUUGGAAAUAAGAGUUUGUGGUGUGAAGUGCAAGCAAGUUUUUAAGAAAGUACAGUAAGGAGCCUAACCCCAGAGACCAAGAAGGUGGACAGUAUGGAUGGACCAGCUACCAAAUCUUCAGUUGCUGCUUGUUCAAAAAUAUCUUGUUCUUUCUUAACACUUAGAAAAUGUGUGCUGACCCACAUCUUCCUAUGUUACCUGAACUCUUUAGCAGCUUUUGUUGAACAUAUGGAUUUUUAAAGAAGAUAAUUGAAUAUAAAUGGUUUAAUUAUGAUAUGAAUGU